AUGCGCGUAGGAAUGGAUUUUGAUUUACUCUCUGAAGAUUUUAGUUUAACGGAUGUGGAUGAUGGAAGUUUAAUGUGUUUGAAAUUAAUUUAUGAUGAUUUCAUCCGAGAGGUAUUUAAAGAAGAAAUUGAAAAGAGGUUUUAUAGUCCUGUUGAAUCGGAUGGUCGUCGGGUGAAUCCCUAUCAUCGUCAUAAUUUUAUAAUUAAUGAACAAACUUUGCAACAAUUAAAUAUUGAAGAUUUAAGAGAAAAUCUCGAAUUGUAUAAUUUAAUAGUACCAAUUAUUAAUAGAGGUAUUAUGAAAUCUUGUGUAAAUUCCGCAGAAAUUGAUAUUAAAUUAUUUACUAUAGGAAAGAAAGGUGUUUUUAAAUUUGUAGCACCUACUUUGGUUAAGGAGUUUUCAACCGUUUCUAAAUUAUACAAAACACUCAAGGAAAAUCCAAGCACUAAAGAUACUUUCUAUGAACUUCCUAAUGACAUUGGAAAAAGUCAUUUCAAUAUUGAAACAUGGACUUUAAUAUUUGACAUAAUAGAUGAAAUAUUCAAGGAUGCCUUGAGUGAAAAAUCAACUUUUUUACUUUGGAAUUUUCUAUUAAGAGACGAAAGAAUCAAGAAUGCAAAAUUAUUCUUUAGACUAGAAUCUUUUUUGGAAUUAUUCAAGAUUAAGCCAUUUUCAACUUACCAUUGUUCAUACCGUAAUCCAUACUUGCAAUACUCAGUUGACAGCAGCGACUCGAAAAAGAGAAUAAGAGAACGUCAAAUAGCUCAUGAUAUUUUCACACCAAUGCAAUCUUUCGAAAGAUCUCUGAAUAAUCAACAAGGUGAGGUAGACAUCUUUGAGAAUUUGCAACCUCGAUUCACAGGAGGAAAAGUUUUCCUAGCCAUUCUCUACUUUACAGAAACAAUGAGUGACAUUAAUUUCAAAACCAUAGCCGAUCGUUACUUUGAUGAACUUGCCAAACAUAUUGAUGAGAUUGAAUUAUUACUCUUCCUCUUUUAUUCUCUCCAUCAUGCCUUUGGAUUAUUCCGUCACAAUCCAGAUUCUCUCCAAUUUGUCAUUCAAAAACUCACUCUUGGCAUUACAAAGAGUAUUUAUGAAAUGAAAUAA